GUGGUCUGAGCUGGAGCCACGCUUUCUGUUGGAGGGGCACAGCUGAAGGAGAACAGCAAGACAUUAUCCGGCGGCCCCACGGACUCGGAGAGCUGGAGGGACCCCGGAGAUCUCAAAGGGACAGGAAAGGCAGCAGCAGCCACCCUCUCUCCCAGUCAAGUGGUCACCAGCAGGACUGAAGGGGACAGCCCCUUUGCAGUGGCUCAGCGAGGAGACUCCUGCACCCUAGGGACAGUGCAGGAGCCCAGCCGCUGAGCCAUGCCGGGCCCCGGGCGGCCUGCAGCGAGCCCAACCCCUGCACCCAGGUAGUCAUGAACAGCCACAGCUACAAUGGCAGCGUGGGGCGGCCGCUGGGCAGCGGGCCAGGCGCCCUGGGACGCGACCCUCCGGACCCCGAGGUCGGCCGCCCCCCGCAGCCCCCGCACAGCCCGGGCCUCCAGGUGGUAGUGGCCAAGAGUGAGCCAGCCCGGCCCUCACCUGGCAGCCCCCGGGGACAGCCCCAGGACCAGGACGAUGACGAGGAUGAUGAGGAAGAUGAGGCCGGCGGGCAGAGGGGCUCAGGGAAACCCUCAAAUGUGGGCCACCGCCUGGGCCACCGGCGGGCGCUCUUCGAGAAGCGGAAGCGCCUCAGCGACUAUGCCCUCAUUUUUGGCAUGUUUGGCAUCGUCGUCAUGGUGACGGAGACCGAGCUGUCCUGGGGGGUGUACACCAAGGAGUCUCUGUACUCAUUCGCACUCAAAUGCCUCAUCAGCCUCUCCACGGCGAUCCUGCUAGGUCUCGUUGUCCUCUACCAUGCCAGGGAGAUCCAGCUGUUCAUGGUGGACAACGGGGCUGAUGACUGGCGCAUCGCCAUGACCUGCGAGCGCGUGUUCCUCAUCUCACUGGAGCUGGCGGUGUGCGCCAUUCACCCGGUGCCCGGCCACUACCGCUUCACGUGGACGGCGCGGCUGGCCUUCACCUACGCGCCCUCAGUGGCCGAGGCCGACGUGGACGUGCUGCUGUCCAUCCCCAUGUUCCUGCGCCUCUACCUGCUGGGCCGGGUGAUGCUACUGCACAGCAAAAUCUUCACGGACGCCUCGAGCCGCAGCAUCGGGGCCCUCAACAAGAUCACCUUCAACACGCGCUUUGUCAUGAAGACGCUCAUGACCAUCUGCCCCGGCACGGUGCUGCUGGUCUUCAGCAUCUCCUCCUGGAUCAUCGCAGCCUGGACAGUGCGCGUUUGCGAGAGGUACCAUGACAAGCAGGAAGUGACCAGCAACUUCCUGGGGGCCAUGUGGCUGAUUUCCAUCACCUUCCUCUCCAUCGGCUACGGCGACAUGGUGCCCCACACCUACUGCGGGAAGGGCGUGUGCCUGCUCACUGGCAUCAUGGGAGCUGGCUGUACUGCGCUCGUGGUGGCUGUGGUAGCCCGGAAGCUGGAGCUCACCAAGGCUGAGAAGCACGUGCACAACUUCAUGAUGGACACUCAGCUCACCAAGCGGGUAAAAAACGCCGCUGCUAACGUUCUCAGGGAGACGUGGCUCAUCUAUAAACACACCAGGCUGGUGAAGAAGCCAGACCAAGCCCGGGUUCGGAAACACCAGCGUAAGUUCCUCCAAGCCAUCCAUCAGGCUCAGAAGCUCCGGAGUGUGAAGAUCGAGCAAGGGAAGCUGAACGACCAGGCUAACACGCUUACCGACCUGGCCAAGACCCAGAGCGUUAUGUAUGACCUUGUAUCGGAGUUGCACGCUCAGCACGAGGAGCUGGAGGCCCGCCUGGCCACCCUGGAAAGCCGCCUGGAUGCGCUGGGUACCUCUCUGCAGGCCCUGCCCGGCCUCAUCGCCCAAGCCAUACGCCCGCCCCCACCGCCCCUGCCUCCCCGGCCCGGCCCCGGCCCCCAAGACCAGGCAGCCCGGAGCUCCCCCUGCCGGUGGACGCCCGUGGCCCCCUCGGACUGCGGGUGACGGCCCUGCCCGCCACCAGACCCCUAAAUCUUGGCCAUCGUGUGGCCGCCACCUCCGGGAAGCCUUGUACAGUGGCGCCUCUUGGAGUUCAAGAAGCCGACGCUGAGUCAGGCUGAGUGGACUGAGGCCUGCCCCGCCCAGACUGCCCGGGCAGAGGGCAGGGCUGGACCAUGGGUGAGGGCAGGGGAGCCCGGAGCUUCCUCUGGUCACCUGGUCCCCUGACUCUCCCCAGGCCCCCAGCGGGCAUGGAGCAGCCCCGGGAGGGGUCCGUGCUGGUUUUGAAUAAAGCAGGACCCGCCUAGUGGCUGCCUGUGUGCGUGGCUGGGAGGCACUGGUGAUGUCCCAGGAGGUAGAACCCCAGCCCCGGGUACCAAGAUAAAUAUGGGAAUCAAAAAACCUGUUCCCAUCAUCGGCCUAGUCUAGAACCCUAGCCUCGAAGCCCCCUCUCCCUCUGGGCUGAAGCUCAGUGAAGGACAACUCUCUAGGGACACCUGUGCCAGCGCCACCUGGCGCUGAUAAUGCGAUCCCUCAGAGGGCGUGGCCCAGCCCUGGCCAGAAGCAUCUCUCCCCUUCAACCAACCGCGCUGAUGGACACCCACUGUGUGCCAGGCCCCAGCAGAGGCCAUGGGGGAGGUGACCUGGGUGAGGAAGGUCUUUUGGGUUUUUGUGAGAUUUGUAUUGAGUACCUGCUGCCUACAGAGAAUGUGAUGAUGUCAAUUA